ACGAGAAGCUGUGGCCAUUGUCAAGCUACAUCUCUGUACAUUCGGAGAGUGGAAAGCUCUAUGCUCUGCAGUCCUUGGACUAUGAGGAGUUGAAACUGUUGGAGUUCCAGGUGAGAGCCAAGGAUGCUGGAAUGCCCUCCUUGUGUGGCAAUGCGACUGUUCAGGUCUUUGUGCUGGAUGAGAACGACAACACACCUGUUGUGUCAGGAUCAUCUGAAGAGAACCUGGUUCUUCUAGUGGUCCCUGUGAUGCCUGGGCAUAUUGUAGGCAAGAUCCAUGCCUUGGAUGCGGAUUCUGGCUACAAUGCGUGGCUCAGGUACGAACUGGCUGAAGAAAGCAGCGGUCCAUGGUCUGUGGGCCCGUAUAGUGGUGAGGUGAGUACCAAAUAUCCUCUGGAUGAAUCAGAAGGAGGCAAAAUCCAGAGUAUUGUGGUUCUUGUGAAGGACCAUGGGAAGCCUCAGCUCUCCGCCACAGCCAUCCUGAGUGUGUCACUGGUGACAAGUGGUCAGACAAUCAAAGCGGAUGUUCAACUCUCCAAGUCAGGGGAGAGCUUCGUGUCUCUGGUGAAUUCAGUCAACAUCUAUUUGAUCAUUGCCAUCUGCUCUGUUUCCAGCCUGUUCCUGCUGGCUGUUUUUGUUUAUAUGGCUCUACGAUGUCAGUCCAAGGCAAAGGAAUCCAUGGUUUAUGGCCCUGGCAUGGCCACCCUGGUCUGUGCCAGUGAAGUGGGCAGCUGGUCCUAUUCCAAUCGCCACAGCCACAUCCUGGCAGGGGUGAGCGCAGAGGCUGGUGUCAGGAAUGAUCUUAUGAUUUUCAGUCCCAACAUUCCUGUUUCUGCAGAUAAUGGGGAACAUAGAAAUGGGAGUGAACUGCUUCCAGAUACAUCUAGAGAGUCCUCUGUGCUGCCUCACCAUGCUAGGAAGUUGCUCCUGGGAGAGGAAGUGAAGAAUUCCAGCAGUUUAUUCCAAGGAUAUAUAAUCCCAGCAGGGUCAACAAGGUGUGAAGAGAAGGACUAUUUUGAGGUAAACCUGCAGAAUGGGAUCUUGUUUGUAAAUUCCCGGAUAGACAGGGAGGAGCUGUGUGCCAAGACUGCAGACUGUGUCCUUCAUCUGGAGGUGAUUGUGGAGAAACCUCUGAGGUUCUUCCAUGUGGAGGUGGAAGUCAAAGACAUGAAUGACAAUGCUCCCGUCUUCUCUGCCAGGAAAAAGAUCCUGAGCAUAUCAGAACUAAUAACAGGUACCCAGUUCUCCUUGGAAGGGGCUUCUGAUGCAGAUAUUGGUACUAAUGCACUCUUAACUCACAGGCUCAGUCCAAACAACCAUUUUGUUUUGGAUUCAGGAAAUAAUGAAGAUGAGAGUAAAUCUGUAGUACUUGUGUUAAAGGUUCCACUGGACAGGGAGGAGAACCCUGUGCAUCAUUUAAUACUGACAGCCACUGAUGGGGGUGAACCAAAACUCACAGGAACUGUUCAGCUGGUCAUCAAUGUGCUGGAUGUAAAUGACAACCCUCCUGUAUUUAAUCAAUCUGUUUAUAGGAUAAAGUUGCUAGAAAAUACAGCUAGUGGGUCGUUAGUUAUUACUCUGAAUGCUACAGACUUAGAUGAGGGGAUUAAUAGGGAAAUCUCUUAUUUUUUUAGUGAUAGCCUAGCUCUUCAUGUCACAAAGCUGUUUAGUAUAAAUUCUGAUAAUGGGGAAAUCAUAGUGAUUGGAAAAUUGGAUUAUGAAGAAAGUAAGUUCCAUGAACUCCCAAUUGUUGCAGAAGAUAAAGGCAAUUCUCCAUUAUCAGGGCACUGUAAAGUUCUCAUUGAAGUGUUGGACAUAAACGACAAUAUUCCAGAACUAUCUGUGAAUUCUCUCUCUGUGCCAUUGCCAGAAGACUCUCCUCCAGGGACUGUGGUAGCCAUCCUCAGUGCUUCUGACAGGGAUUCUGGCAACAAUGGACAAAUCAACUGUUUCCUCUUUCCCCCUGGAGUACCCUUCAAACUCGAGUCCACAUUCAAGAACUACUACUCCCUGAUUGUUGGUGCAGUCCUAGAUCGAGAGCAGGUGGCUGAGUACAGGAUGGUUGUGACAGUGGAGNAUUGGAUAGACGAGAAGCUGUGGCCAUUGUCAAGCUACAUCUCUGUACAUUCGGAGAGUGGAAAGCUCUAUGCUCUGCAGUCCUUGGACUAUGAGGAGUUGAAACUGUUGGAGUUCCAGGUGAGAGCCAAGGAUGCUGGAAUGCCCUCCUUGUGUGGCAAUGCGACUGUUCAGGUCUUUGUGCUGGAUGAGAACGACAAUUCACCUGUCGUGUCAGGAUCAUCAGAAGAGAACUUGAUUCUUCUAGUGGUCCCCGUGAUGCCUGGGCAUAUUGUAGGCAAGUUCCAUGCCUUGGAUGCGGAUUCUGGCUACAAUGCAUGGCUCAGGUACGAACUGGUUGAAGAAAGCAGUGUUCCAUGGUCUGUGGGCCAGUAUAGUGGUGAGGUGAGUACCAAAUAUCCUCUGGAUGAAUCAGAAGGAGGCAAAAUCCAGAGUGUUCUGGUUCUUGUGAAGGACCAUGGGAAGCCUCAGCUCUCAGCCACAGCCACCCUGAGUGUGUCACUGGUAACAAGUACCCAGGACAUCAAAAAGUAUAAUCAACAUCCAAUAUCAGGAGAUACCUUCAUGCCCCUGGUGGACUCCAUCAACGUCUAUCUGAUCAUUGCCAUCUGCUCUGUUUCCAGCCUGUUCCUGCUGGCUGUUUUUGUUUAUAUGGCUCUACGAUGUCAGUCCAAGGCAAAGGGAGCCAUGGUUUAUGGCCCUGGCACAGCCACCCUGGUCUGUGCCAGUGAAGUGGGCAGCUGGUCCUAUUCCAAUCGCCACAGCCACAUCCUGGCAGGUGUGAGUGCAGAGGCUGGUGCCAAGAGCGACCUUAUGAUUUUCAGUCCCAACAUUCCUGUUUUUGCAAAUAACGGGGAACUUAGGAAUGGGACAGAAUUACUCCCAGAUUCAGCUAAAGAGGUGAUUCUGAGAAAUGCUGAGGCCUGGCUUCACAUGGAGUGUGGUAAAGUACCACCAAGUUUGAAUAUGGGCCUUCUUUUCAACAUUUUUGAAAGUGAUCUGAACAAGGAGAUGAAAGAAAAUGAUAAAAUUACAGAUGAUUUAGGUGGGACAACUAGUUACAUUAGAGGACAGAAAUAUGAUCAGUUUAAAGUAUGGCUGGGCUACGUGGGCUCCGCUCCUGACCCCUUGAAGGCAAGGUAUUUAGAGAAAAAGAGAAGGGCUUGCGGGGCUGUGCCUGUGUCUGCGAUGCUUACCUGGCCGAAGGGGCUGCUGCAGCUGCUUCUGCUCCAGACCGCCUGGAAAAUGGGGAGCAGCCAGCUCCAUUAUUCUGUGCUGGAGGAAUCCCAGCACGGCACCUUUGUGGGCCGCAUCGCCCAGGAUCUGGGGUUGGAGGUGAGCGAGCUAGUGCCUCGGAUGUUCCGGAUGCUGUCCAAAGGAGAGAAGGACUAUUUUGAGGUAAACCUGCAGAAUGGGAUCUUGUUUGUAAAUUCCCGGAUAGACAGGGAGGAGCUGUGUGCCAAGACUGCAGACUGUGUCCUUCAUCUGGAGGUGAUUGUGGAGAAACCUCUGAGGUUCUUCCAUGUGGAGGUGGAAGUCAAAGACAUUAAUGACAAUGUUCCCGUCUUCUCUGCCAGGGAACAGAUCCUGAGCAUGGCUGAAUUGAUAAAAGCUGGUACUCGAUUCCCAUUAGAAGGAGCCUCUGAUGCAGAUAUUGGUACUAAUGCUCUGUUCAGUUACAAGCUCAGCACAAACAAACAUUUUGUUCUUGAUUCGGGAAAUGAUGAAGAUGAGAGUAAAUCUGUAGUACUUGUAUUGAAGGUUCCACUUGACAGGGAGGAGAGCCCUAUGCAUCAUUUAGUACUGACAGCCACUGAUGGGGGUGAACCAAAACUCACAGGAACUGUUCAGCUGGUCAUCAAUGUGCUGGAUGUUAAUGACAACCCUCCUGUAUUUAACCAAUCUGUUUAUAGGAUAAAGCUGCUAGAAAAUACAGCUAGUGGAUCAUUAGUUAUUACUCUGAAUGCUACAGACUUAGAUGAGGGGAUUAAUAGGGAAAUCUCUUAUUUUUUUAGUAAUAACCUACCUCAACAUGUCAGAAAUAUGUUUAGUAUAAAUUCUGAUACUGGGGAAAUCAGAGUAAUUGGAAAGUUGGAUUAUGAAGAUAUUAAUUUCUAUGAACUUCAAAUUGUGGCAGAAGAUAAGGGUACUUUAUCUGGACAUUGUAAAGUUCUCAUUGAACUAUUGGACAUAAAUGACAAUAUUCCAGAAUUAUCUGUGAAUUCUCUCUCUGUGCCAUUGCCAGAGGACUCCCCUCCAGGGACUGUUGUAGCCAUCCUCAGUGCUUCUGACAGGGAUUCUGGCACCAAUGGACAAAUCAAUUGUUUCCUCUUUCCCCCUGGAGUACCCUUCAAACUCGAGUCCACAUUCAAGAACUACUACUCCCUGACUGUUGGUGCAGUCCUAGAUCGAGAGCAGGUGGCUGAGUACAGGAUGGUUGUGACAGUGGAAGAUCAGGGCGUUCCACCCCUGUCUUCUAGCAUCAGCCUCUUAGUGCCUAUCAGUGACAUAAAUGACAAUGCUCCAGCCUUCACACAGCCCUCCUACACAGUCUUUGUGAAGGAGAACAAUCCCCCUGGUGCUCACAUCUUCACAGUAUCUGCCUCGGACCCAGACGUAGCUGAGAAUGCCCUGAUUACCUAUUGGAUAGACGAGAAGCUGUGGCCAUUGUCAAGCUACAUCUCUGUACAUUCGGAGAGUGGAAAGCUCUAUGCUCUGCAGUCCUUGGACUAUGAGGAAUUGAAACUGCUGGAGUUCCAGGUGAGAGCCAAGGAUGCUGGAAUGCCCUCCUUGUGUGGCAAUGCGACUGUUCAGGUCUUUGUGCUGGAUGAGAACGACAACACACCUGUUGUGUCAGGAUCAUCUGAAGAGAACCUGGUUCUUCUAGUGGUCCCUGUGAUGCCUGGGCAUAUUGUAGGCAAGAUCCAUGCCUUGGAUGCAGAUUCUGGCUACAAUGCGUGGCUCAGGUACGAACUGGCUGAAGAAAGCAGCGGUCCAUGGUCUGUGGGCCCAUAUAGUGGUGAGGUGAGUACCAAAUAUCCUCUGGAUGAAUCAGAAGGCGGCAAAAUCCAGAGUGUGUUGGUUCUAGUGAAGGAUCAUGGGAAACCUCAACUCUCAGCCACAGCUACCCUGAGUGUGUCUCUGGUGACAAAUUCCCAGGCCAGCAAGACAGAUAUUUAUGUGCAACGAUCAGGGGAGAGUUUUGUACCCCUGGUGGAUUCAAUCAACGUCUAUCUGAUCAUUGCGAUCUGCUCUGUUUCCAGUCUAUUCUUGCUAGCCAUUCUCAUCUAUGUGGCCUUGCGAUGCCACUGCAAGGCAAAAGAAACCAUAGUUUAUGGCCCUGGCAUGGCCACCCUGGUCUGUGCCAGUGAAGUGGGCAGCUGGUCCUAUUCCAAUCGCCACAGCCACAUCCUGGCAGGGGUGAGCGCAGAGUGUGGUGCCAAGAACGACCUCAUGAUUUUCAGUCCCAACAUUCCUUUUUUUGCAAAUAAUGGAGAACUUCAAAAUGGUACAGAACUGCCUCCAAAUGCAUCUAAAGUGGUGAGUUUUGGUCCUUUUUUUAGUGCUUGA